AUGACAGACAUGAGAGGACCACAGACACCCAGCGUCCGAGGACCACAGACCCAGCCUCAGAGGAGCACCGACCCGGCCUCAGAGGACCACAGACACCCGGCCUCAGACGACCGCAGACCCGGCCUGAGAGGACCACAGACCCGGCCUGAGAGGACCACAGACCCGGCCUCAGAGGACCACAGACACCCGGCGUCAGAGGACCACAGACCCGGCCUCAGAGGACCACAGACACCCGGCGUCAGAGGACUACAGACCCGGCCUCAGAGGACCACAGACACCCGGCGUCAGAGGACCACAGACCCGGCCUCAGAGGACCACAGACACCCGGCGUCAGAGGACCACAGACCCGGCCUCAGAGGGCCACAGACACCCGGCCUGAGAGGACCACAGACCCGGCCUCAGAGGACCACAGACACCCGGCGUCAGAGGACCACAGACCCGGCCUCAGAGGACCACAGACCCGGCCUCAGAUGA